AGUUGUCUCCUCUCUUACUUCCUGGUUUUUGUAUUUUGUAUAAGCCGUAAUUUUACACGUGUUUUGCAUUUGUUCAUUGUUCAAUGUGUGUGUAUUUGAUUAAAUUGUGUACGAUAAAAAGGGAAAACAGACGCAGAAAUUUUUUAUAUUAAGUUAAAUUUAAUUAUAUAUUUACCUUUAAAAAGAAGAAAGAUUGUUUAGUUUCAAUAUAUAAAAUAUUUUCAAUAGUCAUGUUUGGCCCAGGAGCUACACCGAUUGUCGUUUUGAGUCAAAACACAAAACGAGAAUCAGGCAAAAAAGUUCAAAGAGAAAAUAUUCAAGCUGGAAAGACGAUUGCAGAUAUUAUCAGAACUUGUCUAGGACCACAAGCAAUGUUGAAAAUGUUAAUGGAUCCUAUGGGCGGAAUCGUUAUGACUAACGAUGGUAAUGCCAUUUUAAGAGAAAUAACAGUUCAACAUCCAGCUGGCAAAUCAAUGAUUGAAAUAGCAAGAACUACAGAUGAAGAAGUUGGUGAUGGAACAACAUCAGUAAUUGUUUUAGCUGGCGAAAUGUUAGCGAAUGCGGAACCAUUUUUAGAACAAGGAUUGCAUCCUACUAUCAUUAUCAAAGGGUAUAAACAAGCACUUGAAGAUAUAAUUGUUGCUUUAAAUGAAAAAUUAAGUGUACCACUUGACGUUAAAAAUAGAAUAAAAUUUGCUGAAAUAAUAAAAUCUUGUGUAGGUACAAAAUUUUUAGGACAUUGGUCAGAUCUAGCUUGUCAGAUAGCACUUGAAGCAGUUGAGACAGUAGUGUUAAAUCAUAAUGAUCAUCAAGAAAUUGAUAUAAAACGUUACGUAAAGAUCGAAAAAUUGCCUGGAGGAGCAAUAGAGGAUAGUUCUGUAUUAAAAGGUGUUAUGUUAAAUAAAGAUGUAACUCAUCCAAAAAUGAAACGUUUUAUUAAAAAACCUCGUAUUGUUUUGCUAGAUUGUGCACUAGAAUAUAAGAAAGGAGAAUCACAGACGAAUUUAGAAUUGUUGAAAGAAACUGAUUUCACCAGAAUGCUAGAGUUAGAAGAAGAAUAUGUAAAGAAAAUAUGUGAAGAUAUAAUAUCUGUCAAGCCUGAUGUUCUUUUUACAGAAAAAGGCAUUUCAGAUUUAGCGCAACACUAUUUACUCAAAGCAGGAAUUUCAGCUGUACGUAGAGUUAGAAAAAGUGAUAAUAACAGAAUUGCUAGAGCUUGUCAUGCAACGAUUGUUAACCGAACAGAAGAGUUACAAGAAAGUCAUGUAGGCACUGGUGCUGGAAUUUUCGAAGUAAAAAAAAUUGGUGAUGAUUAUUUUUGUUUUAUCGUCGACUGUCAAGAUCCUAAAGCUUGUACCAUAGUUUUAAGAGGAGCUAGUAAAGAUAUUUUAAACGAAUCAGAAAGAAAUAUACAAGAUGCUCUUCAUGUAGCCAAGAAUUUAGUUUUGGAACCAAAGCUUGUACCAGGUGGUGGAGCUAUAGAAAUGUCCAUUUCACGUUUCCUUAAUGAGAAAGCAGCUGUCCUUGCUGGAAUUGAACAAUGGCCUUACAAAUCUGUUGCUCGAGCACUAGAAAUUAUUCCAAGAACCUUAGCACAAAAUUGUGGAUCUAAUACUGUUCGUGUGUUAACUGAAUUAAGAGCAGUACAUGCAGCCGGUAACACUACUUGGGGUAUAAAUGGAGAAUUUGGAGAUAUAGUUGAUAUGAAAAAAUAUGGAAUAUGGGAACCAUUGACCGUAAAACUUCAAACUUAUAAAACUGCAAUUGAAACUGCUAUACUCUUAUUAAGAAUUGAUGAUAUCGUGGCAGGAAGUAAAAAAAUAUCACCAGAAAGAGAGAACUCGACUCUGAAGCACAAUCUUACUGAAGAAUCUAUCAAGGAAUAAAUAUAUAAUAUUUUUCCAAAUAUUGUAUCUCUGAGGAAGAUUGUGUAAUAACGCAUUUUAUGCAAUAAAAUUAACUCUUUUUUUUGUAAACAAUUAACUCUAUCUUCAAGAUUUGAUUUAAUAAGAGGACUUUCUAAACGUUUCAAUUUUAUAUGAAUUUCGACAAACAUUACAAAAAUUAGUUGCUUCUCGAUAAAAAUCGAAGUGCUCCGUUUUUUAAUUCAAUAAUUUUUUUGUUAUAGGAUAAUGAUUUUUAAUUUUUACAUUA